UUUUGCCGGCGAUUUGUUUGUUUCAUACGAUUUUAUACAUUUUAAAUAUAAAAUAAAGCUUCAAAAUGCAUUUUGAAGAAUUGGAAGCAUUAGAUCCAAGAAAUCCAACAUUAUCACGUAUUGAAACUCCGACGCCUCAUAAAGUGGCUGUGUUAAUUUUAGUGCAACAAUACAUCAAGGCCAAAAAGGCAGCCAACGAUGCUGGCAUACCAUAUCCCGCCCAAUCGCGACGCAAUUUCUGCAUGUUACUUUUGAAAUUGAUACAAUAUCCAGACAUGACCUACAACGAUCUGUAUCAAUUGUUAUGUUCGACCAAAUACAAAAUAGAUCCUUUACAUCUGGAAGGUUUCGAAAAGGUUAUGUCCGAUCUAUUUUCGCUGGGCAUUGAGACAUUGUUUGAUUUUGCUGAAAUGGAGAACAUUGAAAAAAUGUUAGCCGAACAAUUGGGUGUGAGCCAAUUUAGUUUGGUGGGCUUGUACAUACGGCGUGUUGGAGUUAUACUCGAACGUUUGUCGUUUCCACAAAUGAUGGCUUUGCAUAAGAAUAUUUCCUUGUAUUAUGAAAAGGGUGUUCGUUCCCUUACCAUUGGUCCGCGCAAAUUGCUGCGUGGAAAUAUACUAGAUAGCCACACGGCCACAAAUGAAACCGAUGACGAAAAUACCAUGGAAGAAUCGGUUCUGGAUACAGAAACUGUGCACCAAGAUCGCAAUCCUCACAGUAAAUGGUCUCCCAAACAAGCUCAACUUUUUGUAAGCCAGCAAUGUAAUCUGCUAGAGAAAAAUGAACUACGUGCCCUGCCGCCACUAGAAAUGCAAACGAAGCUAAAUGAAAUAAUACAAGAUAAUCCACUGAAUGCUAAAUCCUAUUUUCUGGGUUACAUGAACCAGCUGCGUCUGCGUGAUGUGUUUGGUUCGAUCGAUGCUUUACAUCGUUCCUUCGAUCGCAGUCCUAUGCAUAUGAUGGGUCAAUAUGAACAAAAAGGUUUUCAAUAUUUCAGUGUUAACUUGGCCAUUUUACAUGCCAGCUUUAAUCACAAGAAGGAGGCUCUAAGUGCUUUAAAGGAAUGUAUUAUGCUGGCUCAGGAAUGUGGAGAUAAACGCUGCUUAGAUUUGGCCAAUUCUUGGUAUUGUCUUUUGAAUAGUAGUCGCAUUGGACCGUUCGAGAAAAGUUUACCAGACAUUCAAGAUCCUGGUCUCAUACAGAGUCUGUCUUUGGCUAUAGAAUUUGUGGUAGCUUUUGGAGUUAAAUGUGGUUAUUUACCUUUGGAUCUGUUUGAAUUAUUAUUGAAAAGCGAUGAAUUGAACAACAAAAACUCCUUAUUAGAGCAUAUAUCGGAUUCAUUGGCUCUGCGUACUACCCUAUGGGUACUUUAUGGUCGUUAUGAAAUGUCUGCUCUGUAUUCACAACUGCUACUGAAUUUGAAAAAAACUUGGGUGUUUGGUGAUGUUAGCAAUUCAGAGAGUGUGAGCAAAGUAUUAUCAAAUCUUGCUCUGUGGUUCAACGCACAAGGAGAAUACCAGCUGAGUGCUGUUCUGCUACAUCAUGCACGCACCAGAUUUCCACGUCAUCCAUUUGCAGGCGAUUGGAUGACCAGUGAGUGUCAUAUUUCCAUACAGCAAGCCAUUUAUCGUGGUCGUUGGCAGGAAGCAUUACAUUGGUGCUGUCAAUUGUAUUUGCUAGAUAAACAUGAUGGCAAGAUGCAAAGAGCUUCCGUUUAUAUAGCUAAAUGUUAUAAUAAUACAGCCAGAAGAAUAUUGCAAAAUUUGCUGGACGCGAAAGAUUUAGAUGUUCUUAGGCAAAUACGCGUACUUAUACUGUUGGCAUACAACAAUUUGUCGGAGAAUAAUGUUUCUGCCGAAACCAUAGAACUCUUAAUGCAAGCCUCGGUGCUUUCUGAAUCAGCAUAUAUGCAAUACGAACAUGCUGUAAUCGAUACUGUUAUGGCCCAGGUAUUGCUGCAAAUGGGUCUGGCCCAGAAAGCUUUACAAGCUCUACGCAAUUCCAUGGACAAAAUUUACAUAAAUGGUGGUAUUUACGAUCGUGCUAAAACAGAUUUCACCUUUGUACGUUGCCUAGUAGCGGCUGGUAAAGAUCGGGAGCAGCAACACAAACGUUUAGUUAAAUCUCUUGGGAUACUGGAGAGAGCCGUUGAAUUGUUUCGUAAAUUGGAAGCUCAUGCUAAAGUUUUAGAUGUAUUUGCUUAUAUUUCGAAAACAUUUAAUGCCUUUGGUUUCGUUGCAGAACGUAAUAAGUAUGCCUGUAAGUUUAAGCAGUACUAUAGGGAAAAUCCAGUGUGUCGUGAGUAUUUGGGUUUGGCCUUUUAAAAUUUUGUAUUAAGUUCUAUUGUUUUAUAUUUAUAAUAAAAUAAACUAGUAUUUAUUAAAAGAA